CAAUAACAAAAACUGACGAAUGGCUGACUUAAAAAAAUACAUAUACUAUACCAACAUGUUCAACUUUAGACUCAAAUAUUUAUAUAAAGUUAUAAUAUAAUUUCACAAUGUCUCUAUAUGCCUGCCAUUUUGGGCCAAUGUGUUCAACCAUAGUAGAUCAAUAAAGUUUCAGAGGAAAAAAAGCGCUAGCUUUAUUCCAGAAUAGCAUGUGUACUUUACGUCCAUCCGGCUAGUUUACAUUAAUCUGACGAGUAGUACACUAACGUCGUGAAGACGAAAACCAUCUCCCGACCUUUGCCUUCUACUGGUGGAUGGAUUUGUUCCCUCGGUGAUUAAAUAUUCGUCUAAUGCUAGCUAACGUGCUAACGCUAACGAUGAAAGGGCUCUCCAGUGGUACAUGGCAUUAGUAUGAAUGUAUAUUAUAAGUACUACGCAUAGUCAUACAAAGAGACAUAUAUAGUCAUAUUGCAGUUUUUAAGAACUUCCGGGCAUCAUCAUAUUGGUUUAAACCCAAACAUCUACCACAGUUUAAGGAUUAGGGGGGGAACCAUCUCCAUCAUGUCAGACAUGGACACCCUGAUCGCCGGGUUCCAGACUCAGCUGUCUGAUGUCAUGGAGACCAUCCUGAAGACGGCGAUGUUCGAGGUGACCAGGCUGGUGGAGGACGGGCUGUUCGAGCAGCUGAAGAGCAGGUGUCACGAGGUGGAGUCUCUGAAGGUGCAGCUGCAGCUGACAGAGAGCAGACUGGGCGAUGUGGACUUUAUGAUGAGGACCAGUGAUGAAUGCCAUUUUAACCGUGGAGAUGAUCCUUUUAGUGCAUCCCCAUAUCGGGCUGAAGAUGGGCUUGAAACACUGAAUUCCGGUUCAGGUGUCACAGAAGAGUGUCGAUUGAAACAGGAGAUAAUCUUUAUGGACCAUCAUGUAAAAGGCUGUGGACAGAAAGUUCUGACAAACGCGAGGACGGCACAGGUGUCUGAAAAGCUCCCCAACAGUCUCAACGGUUUGAGUCAUUCACAGGAAUCCAGUGAGAAGUCUGAUGUGGUUGUGAAGGUGGAGAAUGAGGCCCAGCUGCCUUGUUCAGUCGAGCUCCAAGAAGUCCUGGGGGUUUUAAACGACGGUGUAAGUGGAUCUACAUUUCACAGCCUUGAUGAAAUGUCAGAUUUACAAUCUGCACAGACAGCGAGAAGCUCUAAAGAGUCACCAGGGACCGGCAGACAGAACGGGCUCUCUUCUACAAACACCUUCCCUGAGGACGAAGAAGACUUUGUUUUGCCCUUGGACAUGGACUCCGAACAAGGGGGAUUGUCUCUCUUGCAUAACCACAUACUAAAUACUGCCAACGACUCUGACGCAGCCCUUCCAAGCGAUUCCCUAAAACGAAUGGACCAUGAACUGAUGCAGCCCGUUUCGUCUGAGGCAAGACUACAAAUGAGCCAUGCGGGAGAUGUGGUUAUCAAGCAGGAGAUUGUUUUAGAUUCGGACGAGGAAGAGGAGGAGGCGCUGCUGGGCAAACAGGCAACAGACUCGGCCAUCGCGUUCCCCCCGUGUCAGUUGAAGAACCACAAGGUGAGGUUGAACGUUCCCGGCCACAGCUACAUCUCCCAUCGGGCCAAAGUGCAGGAAGCCGCCAAGCGGCAUUUCAAAAUGGGCACGAGUCUCGCGCUGAAGGCCGCCGUCCGACCCUACCGACCGAUCAGGAGGACCCAUCUCACCGUCUCCUCCGGUGCAAUCACGGGCCAUUCUCUCGCCGCGAGCGCCGGCAUCCACCACAAAACCCCGUCCUCGUUCAGGUCGGCUCCGUCUCCACACUCGGCACAGGCGGCCGCCCUCGGCGGCAAACAAUUCACGGCCGACGCCCAAAAUUGCCUGCCCACGGCGGGCGGCAAAGCCCAGUACCAAGCCCCCGGCUCCCAGCACGCCGGCCUGCUCUCGGGCCUCGGCUCGGUCCCUCAGGGCCCCAGGCAUCGCUGCGGCCAGUGCGGCCGGUGCUUCGCCGACUCGAGCAACCUGAGGGCCCAUCUGCAGACGCACACGGGGGAGCGGCCCUUCAGCUGCUCGCUGUGCGGCCGCAGCUUCACCAAGCUGAGCAACCUGAAGGCGCACCGGCGCGUGCACACCGGGGAGAGGCCCUACUGCUGCAUGGCCUGUGGGAAGGGCUUCACGCAGAAGUGCAACCUGAAACGCCACCAGAGGAUCCACCUCAAUGUCUGAUUCCGUCCAGUGACUGGGGGGGGGGGGGGUGAGAGUGUAUGAAAGAGAGAGUGUAAGCGAGGGAGUGAGUGUGAGAGAGAGUGUGAGAGAGCGCAAGAGAGUGUGAGUUUGUGCGAGAGCGAGAGUGUAAGAAAGAGUUUAUGAGUGUGUGAGAGAGAGAGAGUGUGUGAGAGAGAGAGCGAGUGAAUGUUUUGAAUUUUAAAGCAGGCCAAAAUUACAAGGGUAUUACCUUUUUUAUUAUAUUUCUCAUCUGGUGCAGAUCCACUCUCAUAAUUCACUGAUUAAUGCGUGUAAAUGAUUUGUGGAUGUGCAUACAAAUGUCUAUGUUAGGGCUCCAUGGUCUAUUGGAGUACAACUAGUACGUUUCACAAAGUCAUAUGGAAAUGCAGCAUUAAACACUGUAGAGCCAAACCCAUGGGUUUUACACGUUCUCACCGUGGUUUGUUGACUGUGACUGUUCCAACUUUAGAGAUGGGAAGUCUCUUUGGGGGAGACAUGGGUUCAGUAUAAAUUAUGUCUGGAGCAGUUCAAGACCGGUACGAUGUAAAUUAUACAUGUAUAUGCAGGCCACAACCUUUUUUCAUGAUAAACCGCUCAAACCCCUUUUAAAAAAAAACGUGAACAUUUAUUAUGGAGUAAAUAUGUAUUUUUUAUAGAUUUCAUUUCUUAUUAAUUAGGUUUUGAUUUAGCGCAAACUUCUCGUGACAUUUUUAAACUGGGUUGUGGGGCGCUUUAUUUUUUGGUGUCUAAACCCCAAAACUUGUAGUCCUCCGUCCUUUAGCAGUGUUGCUGAAUAACAGGAAAGAGUUUUCAUAUUAAAUAUCACUUCCAGUUAUAAUCUUUUACACCCCUCUAUCAUAGCAGUGCAUGUGAGAGAGUCAAAACUGGUUUGUGUGUGUGAUGAGAAAACUGCUCCUCAAGUUUGAUAAUAUAUUUUCAUGAAAAACAUACAUUUUAUAAUAAAUAAUGUACUAUAUCCUAUGUGCAGGCCCUGCAGGCUCAGGGAUUCUUGUUUGCUACACAUGGGUGGUGUAAUUUUACAUGAUCCAUCGUCCAGAUGCUUCUGUUACUUGUUUCAUGCAUGAAACAAACAAAGACAAUUUGGAAAAAGACCCAUAUUUUGAAGUUACAUCCUUGCCCUCCCUUGCUUACUCUACUAUAAAAGCUGAAGUGUGUAAUGUGUACUCUUGGUAUUAAUAUGCACUUAUCUAUUUGGCCUCUUGGUGGCAGUAUAUCUCCUACGAUGGAUACAACGCUCGGCUUAGAAGCGUUCAAGUACCUACAUUUAUGAUUUAUCAGAGGUUUAUCUCAGAUACUUGGUGGCUAUGACAUUUUACUAUUCCCCUCUGUUGAUGUACUGCUGUUAAUGUGUCGGUAUUUGGCACGUCACUUGUUCCAUUAAAAUAAUGGUGCUGUCAUGUCAUCACAUGGGUGAAACUGAAACACACAGGGAGCUGAAAUGACCAGUAAUACUGGUAUUGGCUAAUGGGUUAUCAGGCCAUUCUACUUUAAAACGUCUCCUCGUUUUUAAAUCAAUUAAUAUGUGAAAAAACAUGUAUAUAUAGGCCUAUAUUUAUGCCUGGUUUGUGCUGCAGAGCAUAAAUCGCAGGAAGGAUCUGCAGAACCCAAAAGUCUGAUCCAACAUGCCCAAGGACUGUGAUGAAUGAAUGCCUUUUUUUUUUUUUUUU